GAGAAGAAGCGGCAGAAGCAGGACAAGGCUGACAAGUACCGUCAAGCCUUGGACUUGCAAAUGAAGCAGGCACAAGCUCUGCGAGAGGCCGAGGAGGUGGAGAAGCGGCAAGACCGGGCAAACAUGCUUGCAGAGAUAGAGCGUGCCAAGUCUGCUGCGACGGAAGAGCUCCAGAAGCAGCAGCAGAAGAAGGAGAUGCUGAAAGAGGCCACCGCGCAGCAACUGGUGCGGGCCGAGCGUCACAAGCGGAGUGCGGCGCGGCGCGCCCUCCGGGAUCAAGAAGCGAUGGAUCGCACACUAGAGCUGGAGGAGCAGUUCCGCCAGCAGGAGCUGGCGGAGCGACAGCGACGCAGGGCGGUUGAGUCCCAGCUCAUGAAGACUCAGUUCGAUAUGUCCCAGACCGCGCAGGAGCGCAUGAAGCGGGAAGAGAAGGAGGAAGACACCCAAAGAGCCUUGGAGUGGAUGCGGGCUACGUCACGACCCCAAGACGCCGAAUUGCCCGGAGGCAUGCUCCACAAGAUCCGUGAGAACCAGAAGCGUGUGGACACUUUGGUUAGCACCAUCGGGGUGGCAAUGGUCGAGAGACAGCGUGCCCAGGAAGAAGCGCUGGACCUCACCAUCGAUCGAAAUUUCAGGGCCUACGAGAAGAAGCAGACCGCAGACUUCUUCGCGAAGAAGGCGGAGCGCAAGCGGCAAGCGAAGGAGCUGUUCGCGACGAUCAAGCAGCAGGCCGCCGAGAGGAGGGAGAGGGGCUGGGACGACAAAGAGGCGGACAGGUGGCAGGCGGCCACUUGGCGCCAGCAGGACGCCGACUUCGCCGAGUCCCAGCGCCUGGCUGCGGAGAGAAGCCUGACGGCGCGGAAGGAGAUGGAUGCCAACCUCUUCGGUGCCAUGCUGGUGAAAGCAGGAGCGCACAAGAUGGAGCAGGGAGUGUCUGACAAAACCCGACACCGCGAGCUUCUUCUGAACAGGCCCCUGGUUGAGCGGAUGGCUCAGUCGGGCUUCAAGCCGGAAAAGACCGUCGCCAUGCUCCAGCAGGCAUCGGCCCAGAAGGAGAGGUGA